CCUUUGGGUUCCAAAUGUUUUUUUUAAGUCAUGGGUCGACUGUAGAACAUGUACAGUACAUUUCCGUAGCAUAUUUAUAAUCCUUUUGGUGUUACUCGUGUGUCAAUCCAAGGGGAAAGUUCGUGUCGCUGGACCUUGGCCUUGGAAACGGGUGUUGUGACAGGGUUUAGGACUUCUACGACAACCAUUAUUGGAUUUCUAAGUGAGCUUUACGUGGUCUCCCAUUUCCAGUGUAACGAUUAGAAUAUUGAAGCGCCAGUUCUAAAAGCAUAUGGCAUCACUCAUCCAUUAAAUGUCACAUUACUAUCGUUCUUUUCAAUCAAUCAAGGGGAUUGCAAAUUCUUAUCAGAUAUUGCUCUUUGAAGAACACAUUGGUUACACCGGUUUGUGUAUAAAAGACAUGCCACGGACAACCGACGGUAUCAUUCGAGGCCGCUGGCUUUUUGGACAGACUAUCACGCACGCUCACCGCUCCUUUGAAGGCAUGGCACUGAGUGGAUUGCUGGUGUGUUCCCUUGUGGCAACGCUCGUGGUGGUUGGUUUGGCGUCGCCCACAUCCAAGUCAGGUGGCGACACCAAACCGAGCGGGAGGCUGUCCCAGCUGAUGGCCAGCAGGAGGGAGGCGAUGGAGAAUGCGGCGCCACUGGGGCAGGACACCCAAACCCGUAUGGAGAGGAGGGAGAGGAUGUCGCAUUUGUCUGAGGAGCAGCGCGAGUUCAUGUCCAAGCAAAUCAUGCAGGCCAUUUCAGAGAUGAUGAAUGAUUGUCCGGACCGCGACUACCAGGGCUGGGUGGACUUUGGACGCCGAAGCGCCGAGUGAAGACCCGCGGGUCAACUCUGAAACAUUGGUCUGUUGUCAGAAUAUCCAUCCCUAUUAGAACGUCUUUAAUAGCCCACAUUCUGUAUUUCCUGUGGCUUUUGUGUAUAUUUGGGCCAGUUUUGUUGAGAUAAAAUAUGUCUAGUCAAGGACUCACAAAAUCAAGCUCUGUGGUGUUCUCUUUUUGUCCCAGAGUAGGCUUAAUCUGUGUAUGGGAAACCGUCCA